GGAUCGGAGAAGCGACCACGAGCUGACUCUGGGGAGGCGUCUACUGGAGCAACCAGCCAAGUGGGAUCCGGGGCUGGGGGAGCAUCGUUGAGUGGGGGGAAUGAAGGAGGAACCGCUGCAACUCGAACCGGAAGGUCGCAACCAACCGGAGCAGCAUGUGCCUUCAACUCCAUCGAGAAGCAGUUGGCAGCAGUUGUUGGACCAGCAGCUGUCCAAGACUCCGAGGACUCCAAUGAAGAGGGUGACUUGGGAGGAGAAGCUGCGGAGGCUGGAAGAAGGAGAGGCAACACCUCUGUGACGCAGUGCUCGAAUUUCCCAGCCACCUGAAAGGUUUACCCCGGGGCACAUUGCACGCAUGCAUGAUCAUCUUGUGUCUGAUUUGGAUGAUUGCAUGCUUGUGGACAUGCAUGGGCAUGAGUAUGCUCUUGAUGUGUGUCUAAUGGGUCAGGUGCAUGAGCCUAGGUCAGUCCACGAGGCGCUGAACCGUCCAGAAUGGGUUGAGUCCAUGCAUGAGGAGCUUGAGUCUCACAAGGCAUAACCCUGAUGGUACUGUUGAGAGGCCUAAGUCCAGAUUGGUGGUGAUGGGAAACACGCAGAAAUUGGGAGUACACUAUGAAGAAGUGUACUCUCCAGUUGGGAAGCAUGCGACCUUGAGAGCUAUCUCUUGGCAGAGCAAGAGGCAGCCCGUGGUAGCACUCUCUACCACUGAGAGUGAGUAUAUAAGUCUGUGUCAGUGCAUUCAGGAGGGUGUCUGGCUGAGGCGUUUGUUUGGGGAGUUUGGUCAUGAUCAUGCUGGUGGUGUGCCUGUGUUUGUGGAUAAUCAGUCUGCCAUUGCCCUUGCACAGAAUGCAUGCUUGCAUGGCCGCACCAAACACAUGCAGGUCCGGUGGCAUUUCAUUCGGGAGAUGGUAGCUGCGGGUGAGGUGAUUUUGCAGUGGUGCCCUACCAACCGUCAGGCUGCUGAUAUUCUUACCAAGUCUCUUCCCUUUGAGCGCCAUGGUGUGUGCAUGACCUUGCUCGGGAUGCAGCCCCAUGAUGACAGGGUUCCCGCAGCAGAUGCCGGCGUCUUGGUGCUCCUCUCCUUGGCGGACUCCAUGCUCUGGGUGGCCCCAACCCAUGAGCAAGGGGGAGUGGUGUGAAGUCUUUUGCCCUAUGGUGUUGAGCCACACCCAGCACGAGCAAGGGGGAGUGAUAAAUGUGUAGUAUUCUGUGGUGUAGUUUGCUCUAGCUGGUUGUGGGCUAUUGGGUUUUGGGCAAAAGGACUUGGGUUG